UCAGUUAGAAAGUCAAGACGCUGAAUUUCAUCACAUUGCUCUGCUUUGACCGCCACCUCUUUUUCCCCAUUCAAACUUCCUUCCUCCACACCUUUCAUUUCCCCACAUUCACAAUUCACAAUUCACAACCAACCAACCAACCAAACAAACACCCCUCUUCCCACUCCCCACGGUGGUUACCUCCACCCCCUCUCUUCUCUUUCACCACCACCACCACCACCACCACCACCACCACCGCAUGCAAUCCAAAGAGAGAGAAAGAGAGAGAGAGGGUGCGUUCGUUCGUGCGCAUAGCUAACAAGAAAUUCACCUUUUCCAACACACCCCUUCCCUUCCCCUAACAACAACGUGGUCCAUUCUCUUGGUUGUUGCACUAGUUGCAGACUUGCAGUUACAGAUUACAGUUACAACCAAACAACACUUUCUUAUUUUCUCUCUCUCACUCACUCACUCACUCACUCUCUUACCCUCAUCAAAAUUCAAAAACAUCAGAUCCCAAUUCUGAAUCUGAACAAAUUUCCACCACCACCAUGAAUAACGACGUCGACGGCGUUCAGAUCCACCAGACGCGGCGGUUACCGGAUUUCCUCCAGAGCGUGAAUCUCAAGUACGUCAAACUCGGCUACCAUUACCUCAUCACUCACCUUCUAACCCUCUGUUUGAUUCCUCUCAUGUCCAUCAUCAUCGUCCAAGCCUCUCAGAUGAACCCGGUGGAUCUCCACCAUCUCUGGCUCCACCUCAAGUACAAUCUCGUCAGCGUCAUCAUCUGCUCCGGCAUCCUCGUCUUCGGAUCCACCGUCUACAUCAUGUCCCGACCCAGAUCCGUUUACCUCAUCGAUUACUCCUGCUACAAACCCCCUUCAAAUCUCAGCGUCAAAUUCACACAGUUCAUGGACCAUUCCAAGCUCACCGGCGACUUCGACGAUUCCUCUCUCGAGUUUCAGCGCAAGAUUCUCGAACGUUCUGGGCUUGGUGAAGAAACCUAUGUCCCUGAAGCCAUGCAUCAUAUCCCUCCGACGCCGUCGAUGGCGGCGGCGAGGGAAGAAGCAGAGCAGGUUAUGUAUGGUGCGCUUGAUAAUCUCUUCGCUAACACGAAGAUCAAGCCGAAGGACAUUGGAAUUCUUGUUGUGAAUUGCAGUUUGUUUAACCCUACACCUUCGCUUUCUGCUAUGAUUGUGAACAAGUACAAGCUUAGGGGUAACAUUAGGAGUUUCAACUUGGGGGGAAUGGGUUGCAGUGCUGGUGUGAUUGCUAUUGAUCUUGCUAAAGACAUGCUUCAGGUUCAUAGGAACACUUAUGCUGUUGUUGUUAGCACUGAGAAUAUUACUCAGAAUUGGUACUUUGGGAACAAGAAAUCUAUGUUGAUUCCCAAUUGUUUGUUUCGUGUUGGCGGGUCUGCGGUUCUGUUAUCGAAUAAGGCCUCGGAUAAAUUUCGAGCGAAGUAUAAGCUUGUUCAUGUAGUGAGGACUCAUAAGGGUGCUGAUGAUAAAGCAUUCAGGUGUGUUUAUCAGGAGCAAGAUGAAGCUGGGAAAACUGGUGUUUCUUUGUCAAAGGAUCUCAUGGCUAUUGCUGGUGGAGCUUUGAAGACUAACAUCACAACUUUGGGUCCUCUUGUGCUUCCAGUGAGCGAGCAGCUUCUGUUUUUUGCUACUUUGAUUGUUAAGAAGGUGUUCAAUGCAAAAGCCAAGCCUUACAUUCCUGAUUUCAAGCUUGCUUUUGAUCAUUUCUGCAUCCAUGCUGGUGGCAGGGCUGUGAUUGAUGAGCUUGAGAAGAAUCUUCAGCUUCUGCCUGGGCAUGUUGAGGCUUCUAGAAUGACACUGCAUAGGUUUGGGAACACUUCUUCAAGCUCAAUUUGGUAUGAGUUGGCUUACACUGAGGCAAAGGGAAGGAUGAGGAAGGGAAAUAGAGUCUGGCAGAUUGCAUUUGGAAGUGGGUUCAAGUGUAACAGUGCUGUGUGGCAGGCUUUGAAACAUGUGAAAGCCUCACCCAAGAGUCCAUGGGAAGAUUGCAUUGAUAGGUACCCAGUUGAUAUUGUACUUGCUUAGCUGAUAGUAGUUUUCUGUUAUGAUGAGUUAGAGGGUCUUCAUUUGUUUCCAAAUUUAUUGGCUCAGGGGUGGGUAUGCUGUUUCAUAUUUGGAAUUCAUUCACAGUUACUUCAUGCAUAUUUGGUUGCUUGAGCUCUGAACCCUGACUAUUGUUGUUAAACCAUUGUCUUGGGUAAAUUAUUAUCAAUGGUAGUGUUGAUAUGA